AUUAUUAGCCAAAAGCCGGAGCGCGGCACUUGAGACAUCCAGAUGUUGCGUUUGAGGCACCAAGUGAAGUCGGGUGUGCCGCUUUUUCACGCUUAAAAAACAAACUUUCAUACAUUGCUUUUCCCGUUCGCCAAACAGUGAUGAAGGCUGGCAGGCUCGAUUAAAGGAAGAGGAGUGAGGCUGUUUUACAAAAAAAAAAAAAAAAACAUUUUCACACCACUUUUAUCUGUUCUGGACAAAGAGGAUAUUGAAGAGGACGUGAAAGCAACAACAUAGCCUCAGCCAACUGCGCACUUCUGGACGUUUAUUGAUUGAUUGUAAUGUUUUUCUUUCUACGCCGAAUUGGAAUUAAAUAGUCCACCAGGCUUUACUUGAAAUAACGUUUUUAAAAACUAAUAUUUCCCAUUUUGUGAGUGUGUGUUUUUGUUUUUUUUUUUGGAGGGGGGUGGACAACUUGGGUGCAUCAUGGCUUUCCUUCACUUGCUCCUGUGCGCCUGGAUGUUGUCAGUGCCGACGCGUGGAGCGUUUUUCACCGGCCCGCUACAUCCGGAGAUGUCCAACGGCACUUUCCAUCAUUACUUCGUGCCGGACGGAGACUACGAGGACAACGACGACCCGGAGAAGUGCCAGAUGCUCUUCAAGAUGACCGACGAGCGAAAGUGCGGUCUCGACGAGGACCAGGACGCCGUCAUACGGGACGACUUCACCAUCAUCAAGAGGCAGAUCGAGGACUCGGCCAGGGUGCUGGAGGGGAUCGGGAAGAGCAUCACGUACGACCUGGACGGGGAGGACAGCUACGGGAAGUAUUUGCGCAGGGAGACGGCGCAGAUAAGCGAGGCGUUCACGAACUCGGAGAAAUCUCUGCUGGAGCUCGAGGUGAAGUUCAAGCAGAGCCAGGAGAGCGAGCUGAAAGAGGAGCACCGGCUCAACGACGACUUUCUGAACAUGAUAGUGCACACGAGGGACGUCCUGAAGGACACGUUGGACAUUUCUCUGGGACUGAAGGACAAGCACGAGCUCCUGUCUCUGAUCAUCCGCAGCCACGGCACGAGACUGAGCAGACUGAAGAACGAGUACAUGAAGCUCUGAGAGAAAAUAGUUCCUGCUCGUCUCAUGACAGUACUGUUUUUAUUUUUCUUAUGGUGGAGUGUGACCAUGAGGCAGAGGCAGGGGUGAGACAUCAUAUCAGGGAUAAACCCCCCAAAAGUUUAACUUAAAGUUUAUAAAAGAAAACUUUUCCCGUUUAACUCUAGAGCAGUGGUUCCCUACUUGUGGGUCAGAUGAUGAUUAAUAUGAUUUUUCUUAUAAAAUACUCGCCUUUUGGAUCUAUAUGCAAAUUAAAUUCAACAAUCUGAGCAGUCUGGAAGGGAAUGUGCUCAAAACUUAUGGACAUAUGAGACCAAAAAAGUUUGGGAGCCACCGCUCUAGCCUUGCAGAUAGUUUUGGUUGAAUUUGCCCAGGUUAAGUUGUAAAGAGGGCAACUGCCCCACAGCCCCGGACCCCCUGGGCCCCCCAAAAGCCCCACAUUCACUAUGUAUCAGUUGUUGUUUUUUUUUAAAGAAUUUGGUUAUUUGCUAAUUCUUUUGCAAGUUUACUCGACUAAAGUACAAUACAUGAUGGGUCUGGCAUUAAACCCUGAUCUCACGGCCCUGUUUGUAAAGGGGGCCUUGUGUCAGAAUCAGUUUUAAGACCUUCAUUAAUUUGGUCUAUAUUGUACCAAGUUCCCUUUGAACUCAUUUAGUAUCAAGAUAACACACUGAUCACAUACAAUUUCUAAUGUUCCUUGACAACAAAGCUCUUCUAACAUUUUCAUUUAACAGUAAAAGCUUAUUCAACUCACUUCUAACAAAUAAAAAUCGAAUAAUGUGAGACACAGAAACUGCGCCAUUUACAUCCAUUGCAUGGCAGAAAUCUCCAAGAGGGACAUAUAAAAACCUAGUUAUAUUAAUCCAUUGCUACGUACUGCUAUUGGUGAGUAAGAAAAUGUGUUUUAAACUUCUGUUGGACUUUAUCUGACCAACAAUAUUACUUUUUUAUAGAAAGACCAUGAGGGGUGGGCAAUAUAGAUAAUAUCCCAUUUCACAGGAUAUGCAGUUUUUAUGACAAUAUUCUGAAACUUUUUCUGGAUAAAAGCCAUCUGAGAAAUUGUUAAUGGAUAAAAUAACCAGAAAGGAAACUGCUUUUGGCUGAUCCAGCAAACUAAAUACCUAAUAAAUAAAAAGAACUUCAUCAUAUUGAUGCAAAAUGUCAUAAAAAAUAAAAAUCCAGUAUUGCCAUAAUGUGUUUUUUGCUCAGUGAUUUGCAAAUCAGUUAGAGACGUUAAAGAGAUAGCUACCACAGAUAUGGCAAACUCUCCAUCUGCAGAAAUUGUCAUAUUGCCCUCUCUUAGAGACCAUUGUCGUCAAAUAAAAACACACACUAGUGGUUACAUCACUAUAUUUAAAAAAUCAGAGCAAAUGUAUGGCUAUAAUGUUAGAUAAACAUUAUCCGUCCAAAUAUCAAUUAACCAAAACUGCCUCUUUUCUUGGUAUAUGGUCAUUUUUGGUCAGUGCAUUGAGGUGUGUGUGUGUGUGUGUGUGUGUGUGUGUGUGUGUGUGUGUGUGUGUGUGUAAAACAACGGCUUCCAAUAUGAGUCAGCCUAUUAAAAAAGUGAGAAAGUGAGAACUAUCAGCGUUCAAAAGAUGAAUACUGUUGUCAGACGAAGGGUUUUCCAAAACUCAUCCAGUCCACUAUCAGCCAAAAAAAUAGCAUAAAGAGUGAGUUUUGGGGAGGUUUAGCAGAUUCACGUAAAUGCUGUGUUUGGUUUGAUUUUGACCCCAAAAGUUGAAUAAAUUAGUUUUGGAAAACUCUUCAUAGAGCAGUGAAGCAGCUGACAGGGUGGACCUCAUGUAGCCUAGUAGCCUGGUUGAAAGCUCCUAACCAGAGCAAUGCUAUCGUUGCUCUUCUCUGACACGAAUGUUUCUAGGAUUAUCAAGAAUGUUUACAUAUGGACACCUAUCUGUUGUUAUUUUUUUUUUGCUUUAUAGGCUAGCACACUUUGCACAAUUCUUCACUGUCCCGGGUGCUAAAGGUUGUGACAUGGUUUAAAAUGCAAAGCCUUUACUGUGCUGUUUUUGCACAGGCAGUAUAAUCUUGGAAAAUGUACAGUGUAUUAUUAGUAAGUAAGUAAAUACUGUGAGUGCCAAUAUCUUUAUUACAGAACACCCUAAUAUGUAUUCAUUGUUUAUAUAAAGUUUUGAAAUAGAGCAGCAUAUAUCUAUUCGUGUUCACCAUUAAGAUAUGUGGUGAGACGUAAUACUUUGACGGUUAAGACUGCAGGCAGCACUCAUGGACUUAAGUGUCGAACGUUAAUCUGUGUGACAACAUUCUUAACGGAUUGUGUUGUGUCUUCUCAAAUAAAGAGUUGGUGUUUGAAGUA